AUGGACGAGUCAAUCGACACGAAGCCAGUGCUGACGGACGAGACGGCUGUGGAGGCCGUGACGGACGACGCGAAAGGCAAAGACGCGGCACAAGAGGUGGCGGAGAAGAGCGCCGCCGAAGAGCCGAUGACCACAUCCGACGACAAGGAGACGGACGGCGCGGACGAGAAGAUGGACGCCGACGAGAGUGCUGUGGAGGCGGCCGUUGAUGGCGGAGACGCCGUGGAGAAGGCGACGGCGGCUGACAGGGAGUCGUCUGCGGCGCCGGCAGUGGACGAGAGCGUCGACAGCAUCGGCGGUAAGGGCGCGGAGCCGGCUGUGGAACCGGUGCCCGACGUGGCGCUGAAGUCGCCGUCGGAGGCGGAGAAGGCUUCGCCGGCGCCGGCCAUCCAGUCGUUGACUCCUCCGCGCUCUCAGGGCUCGAAGAAACCGAAAGUGGAUUUGGCGUCCGUUCCCGUCCGCCAGUAUUUGGACACAACAGUCGUUCCCAUUCUUCUCCAGGGGUUGUCAUCACUCGCCAGAGAGAGGCCUCAGAAGCCGAUCGCCUUUUUGGCUCAAUUUCUCAACGAUAAGGCCUCGGAGUAUGACGAGUGA